CAUUUCAGUUAAACUCGGAUGUCUGAGUGAUUAGGUAGUUUGCCAAUUAUAUAAAUAAAAUAAAAAGUUUUUGUUUUAACUUCAUAGAUUGAUUGGGUUUAUUGUUUAAAAUUUGCAACAAUAUAAAGUCGAUGGUAUUAUUUAAAAUGAAACGUAUAUAAUUUGGAUUGUGGCAACCGGAGAGUUUGGAAGGUCAUACAUCUGUGGUCGGGAGUUCCGUGGACUACGCAGCCGCGGUGCUACUGGCUGCGAUGGCGGCUGUGUUAUUAGCUGCUGUCGGUUACCAGUGCGCCGCUACUUGGAGAUGGAUCAUGGGCAGAUGUUUGUUUCCCAGGACUCGACGUGCCUCCCAGGAGAGCAACUGCGACUCCCUAUCCCGCCAGGCAGCCAUCCGCAUUAGCCACUCUCUACCCGAUCUGCAGACCGAGCCCCUGAAGCAGGAAUAUGUACAAGAGCACAAGGACCCAGCAAAGAAAGUCCUCCGUCAGACAACCCUGCCGAUAGUUCCAACUCGCCACCAGACCUUUCAACGUCAGCUAUCACACCGUCUGGAACUGCCCUCGAUUCAGUUUAGCAUCUGCAGUCUGGAACGUGCUGACUCGUCCAUUGGGCUUAUCAAGCCGGAGCUUUAUAAGAACGAGUUGGUUCGUCAGUCGUCGACUGAUAGUGCCGAAUUGGAAUUCUGCGGGAAGCUACACUUCGCUUUAAGAUACGACCAGGAGGUUGAGGCCCUGAUUGUAAAGAUCUUCGAAGCUCGUGACCUACCGAUUAAAGACAUGAGCGGUAGCAGUGAUCCAUACAUCAAGGUAUUCCUCCUUCCCGACCGCAAGAAGAAGUUUCAGACGAAGGUCCACCGCAAGAACUUGAAUCCGGUUUUCAAUGAGACCUUUCUCUUCAGUGUACCGUACGAGGAGCUGCGCCAACGUUAUCUGCAGUUUUCCGUGUACGAUUUCGACCGGUUCAGCCGUCAUGAUCUGAUCGGGCAUGUUGUGCUGAAGGGACUACUGGAAUCCGCUGACUUGGAUCAGGAGAUCGAAUACACAAUGAACAUAUUGGCUGCACCUCAGGAGAAGAAGGAUCUUGGUGAACUAAUGCUGUCCUUGUGCUACUUGCCCACUGCUGGUCGUCUAACUGUCACCGUCAUCAAAGGCAGGAAUCUGAAGGCGAUGGAUAUUAAUGGAUCUUCCGAUCCAUACGUGAAGAUCUGCCUGAUUUGCCAGAACAAGCGCAUUAAAAAGAAGAAGACCACAGUUAAGAAGAAUACCCUGUGCCCGGUGUACAAUGAAGCUCUCGUCUUUGAUCUACCGUCUGAGAACGUCUUCGAUGUGACUCUGCUCGUAAAAGUUAUCGACUAUGAUAGACUCAGCCCCAACGAAUUGAUCGGAUGCACGGCCAUCGGGUCGUCUUUGAUUGGAAUCGGCCGCGACCAUUGGCUGGAGAUGCUCGACAACCCCCGCAAGCCGGUCGCCCAGUGGUAUCCUCUAAACAAAAGUCUACCAACUAACGUCUCCCAACCAAACAAAAAUGAUCAAAAUGCCGGUCUGAGCUGUUUAAAUGGAAGAUGAAGAGAUCAAGCGAUGGUGGUUGAUAGGCAAGUCGUCAGUUGGCAGACAAAUACGCGGGCUUAAUUGGUUAAAAUGGCAAAAUCUCACGAUGCCAAAAUCUUUAUAUAGUAAACAUUGAUUACAUGAAAUGACUGUUUGUCCAUUUACCGUAGAUGAAAACAUUAGAAGCGACGUUAAGUUGUUCCAAAGUAGUCUAGGAAUGUGUUAAAGUAGAAAAAGAUAAUUAAUAUUUGUUUUAAUUGUAGCGUAAUAAUAUGUAUAACUGUUUUAUUGCCGUUUUAGGAUUGUAACUUCUUUUCGAAUAUCUUCAGUCCUGAUUGUUAGGAAUAUUGAAUUAUGUAUAAUUGUAUUCUCUGAAUAAUUUUCCCUUGAUAUUCGGAUGUCUUUUAUAAAUAUGGUACUAAUUCUGGUUGCGUACAUCGCUAGAUUGUUGUGACGCAUGUUAAUUAAAAGAAAAUCAUACAUUUCUACAACAAGCCCCCGAAUCAUACGAGAUGUUCUCGUGGAAAUUUCUAGGUCGCAUUUUCCUGAACAAAACUUACCUAGUAAUGCAUUCCAGUAGCUAAUGUGGUCCAAUUCGACUAAUUCGUAAUCAUGUGCUAUGAAUGUCUUCUUUAAUCCGAAUAAAGACGAAAGGUAUUUUUAAUGGGGGCAGUACCUCUUCUGAGCUUGUACAGGUAAGUACUCUGUCUAUUUCUGCCGCGAAGCAGUAAUGCGUUGUGGUUAGGAGGGUGUGCAGCUGCUGUACUGUAUAGUUAAGACUUAGACCUCAAGGUAAUGAUGUCUUUAGGUUCUGCUAAUCUCAAAAUCGGGAAAUCAAGUAGGUCAUGAGUGUGAUCUUUUUUCAAGUAUAUUAGUUUCAUUCAACUGUAUUAAAAACUAAAAAUGGUAUUAAUGUUUUCGACGUUAAUAUUCCAAAUAUAAUAUAGAUUUAUGUAUUCUUCCGUAGUAUGAAAAUUAUGAUUGUAGCUUCUGGGAUCCCUUUCACCUGAAAGUUAUUGUACAAAAGCACCUUUACCCCAGCUUUUAUACUAUUUCGUGUAUAUAAAAUUUUACAAUACUAACAUUGUAAGUCUGUAUUUUAAAAAAAUAAAGAAUCUCAUAUAAGAUUGUUACAUGAAUUUCAAUAUGAUUGAGACACUGUGUUGGUUUAUUAAUUUUUUAUUUUAAGUAAUGUUGAAAACAUUUGAUCAGAGGACAAUAAAGUAGAAAGAUUAGAAAAGAUAUUUUAAAUGAGAUGAAAAUUAUGACACAACUUAGAAGACCGUUUUUGUUACACAUAUCUUUGUAAAGUGUAAAUGGAGCUUUAAAUCGUGUUUAAAAUAUAGAAAAGACUUUGAGAUAAAUAAAUAUAAUACCGAAGGUUUCUGAACUUAAAUUGGGGAAAAUAAGAAAAUGAGUUAUUUGUUUGAGUUAAAUUUCAAUUCGAAAAAGAUAAAUCUAUUGUCAAUUCUAUAUUAAUACUGAUGCAUAAAAAAUAUCAUUAUUAAAACAUAUCGCAUCUAUACUAUAUGAAAUUACUAUAUUCAUAUGUCAAUGGCAGGUUGUCAAAAAGAAAACCCCAAAACUGUAACUACUGUUAGAUUUGUGGUUAGAUUCUUUCCUUAAUGAUAUUGGAUUGUUUUUUUAAAUUAGUGUUGUGUAAAAUUAUAUUAAUUUAAGUAUAUAAAUUGGGAAUUUAAACGUAACUUUACUUAAAAUGACAAUCGGUGAGAUUGCUGCCACUGUCAUUGCCAAAAGAACCUAAUUGUUUUCCUUAUUUUUUGAAGAUCCUUUUUUUAAAUUUAUUGUCCACUAAAAAGUUGGUUAUAAUGAGUGAAUUUUAUUAAGAUUAACAUUGUUUUCCCUAAAAAUACUAAUAUUAAUUACAUCGCACUAUAUGUUUUGAUAAAUAAAUUCUUUAUAAUUACUGGUAAAAAUGUUAUUACUCGAUAUUAAGAUAUAUUAUCGCUGUUGGUACUAUUUUCGAUGUGUAUCAAUAAUGUUUAUGUUUAGUAUAUUAAUAUUUUUAAAUGUAAGAUUGAUGUAAACUUUUCUACUGAAAACUGCAUUCAAUGAUUUUAAUUGUAUCAAAUAUGACGAAUUCCUAACGCCAUUAACAAAUAUUUUUUUUUAAAUAAAUUACAUUAAUUAAAGUCAAACUAUGAUCCAAACAUAUUUUUUUCAUAAUAUCAAUGAUUACACAUACCCUGCGCUUUUGCCUGCGUUAAAUUUUAAAUUAAUAAAUAAUAAAUUAACAAUACCUUGCAUUUUGUCGGGAUAAUCUUUUUGCUUAUAUUACUCUCUAGAAUCAAUGAAACACAGAUUCGUCAAUAACCGCUUUAUUUGUUAAGCCCAAAAUGUUGUGAGAAUUUUUAUCAUAAUGGUUUAUUGAGUCUACAGCGUCAUUGUUAUUUAAAAACUCAUAUAUUUUUUAUUAGUAGUCAACAUUCAGACUCUAUGUGCUUCCUGGUGGGAUUUCAUUAACUAAUAAUUUUAUUGUAAACUUGAAGUCAUUUAAAAAAUUGUUCUUGUGAAGGUAAUCUGUAAUUUCAUCAUCGGAAUCUCCGAGUGGUUUGGACGGAUAGCUAUUUUUGUAUGAGAUUAAAAUGAAAUAUUUUGUCGUACUAAUUAUCUAUUUAAGUCUUUAUACUGUAACUGUUUAGAUUUAACUAAAUGUAUGUAUGUAGUACUUGUACUGGUUUAUGAAUAAAAUGUUGAAAUUUUGAAAAAAAUAA